GGUUUCUGAAAUGUCUGAUUUAGGAGCAAAACUGAGCAUUCACCUGGGGCUGCUCAGUGUGCCAUGAGCCUGAGUCAAUGACAAUGGAGCUUAAUUUUAGAAUUUGUUAGGAAAAGGGAACCGGGGCAGAAAACAGCUGCUGAAAUGACAGUUGAAGACCGACUUGUUUUAAUACUUUUUGUAGAAAGUCAGGUGGAGCUGCAUUUAAUGGUUAGCUGUGGCAAUCUGUCCUGACUCCACUGGGGUCAGAUCUGGCCCAGCUGCUCUGAAAUGGAGACGCCCCAAAGCCAUGACUGCAUCUGGAAAUCUUCUGCUAACGGAUUUGCCAAAAGGGACUCGUUGGUGAAGUUCUCGUGUACGACUGCAUCUCUCUGUUCCUGCUCGCGCCUCUUUGCUGUCGCCAGGAAUGGGUGCAUGUGGGUGUAGAAGCGAUGGAUGUAACAAACUCAGCACUUUUAUUUCCAUUUAAACGGAGGACUGGUCCGAAUUACAGCAAAAGCUGCUCUCAUAUGGGGAGUUAAACUGGCAGGAAGGUUGUAUUUUGACCUUAGGAACACGGAGCUUUGUUCAGUAGGCUCGCGUAUAUCAGAGCCGGCCGUAUCAGAGCGCUGCGGACAGUCGGUAUUCAGAUGAUAUCACUCUGAACUAAUUAGUUGUACUCAAAAGUCUGACCAAGUCAGAGGAAAGGGAAUGCAGUGGUUGCCAGUAAUGGGAAAGCUAUUAGGAAACACAUCCCCUGGGUUAAAUCCUGCAGCGCUACAUUUUCCCAACUGCACUUCGGUUCAGUGAAAGCUUUUUUCUUUUUCUUUUUUUACUCCCUGAAUUUUAAGAAUGAAUGAGAUAUAAGAGAGAGAGCUGCUAUGGGGAGGAGCAGCUGUCUCACGUCGAAGCAUGGGAGCAGGACUGGGAAAUGCUCAGCUCCCCUGCAUGGAGAGCCAGGGAACGGCUGCAGGAGCAGGAUGCUGUGCCCCAGAGUGCUGUCCUGCGAACACAGCCUGUCUUCGUGGGCACUGCUAGGGAAAACUGGAUGUGAAAUACAACAGAUUGAGGGGCUUUGAAAUCCUUAAAGCAGAAAGGGUGAAAUACUGCCUGCGCUCUUCCCCUCUCAUGCACAAAAUGGUAUCUGCUUUUCAUUUUAUUCAUUUCAUUAUUUGGGGGAUUUCCUAUAGCAAAUCAUAUGGUUAUUUGUUCAUUGGAUUUGGUUUGAUAUAUGUUGAGCAGUUUCGUGUUGAUGUCACUGCUGACACUGUAGUUGCAGUAUGACCAAGGACGAGGAUGGCUUAGAUCUUGGCAGAUCAAAACUGGAUGGGAGGCAGCUCUAAAUGCAUCAGAAAGCAGUGUGGAAAAAAUACAGCUUCAUUGAGAGCCUUUGGAACUACAUCCUCCACCGAUACUGAGUGAUGUAGCUGGAAAUUCCUGCAGAGAAGAGCUUUCAGAAAUGCCCCUUCUCAAUGGCCAUCCCAGCCAUGCCCACCAGAAUCAGCCCUGUAUUCGCAUCGCCCCUUUAAAAGCCCCAGCUGCUGGUCAGUCUUCGCAAUUCAUCCGAAGCAUACCAAGAAAAUGAGCCUGCUCUGUGAUUCAGCAAAGAACAACACUGCUGGUUGGAGGUCCUGGAAGUCUGGAGGCUAUCUGUUUUUUAAUUUUUACUCUGAAGGAAUUUCCUUUUUUAAUGCUGCUGUGCUGUCUGUUGCCAGGGCCAGGAAGCUGACUAUCUACGGGCAGCAGUGACCAAAAUUUGGCUUUCCUGGAAUUUUCUCUUUCCCCUCUGCACACCCACACAAUAGGCUUCUGGGGACGCCCUCAGCCUGUAAUUUGCCUUCCUAGCCUGAUAAUGUGGCUUGCAGAGGCACUGGUUUUGCCAAGUCAUCAUCUGGAAGGAAACUUUCUUAUGCAACUGGCUUCGUUCUCCCCCUGUGCCCCGUGGGCCACAGUUGCCACCAAGCCCAGCUCCGGCCAGAGGGGCUGCCCUGCAGACACCAGGGAAUAUGGGAGCAAGACCAUGAAGUCUGGAAAAGGGCCCGGAACUUUCAAUUUCAAAAGACACAGCCCAGAAACCAGAAGGACCAAGAACCCAGUGCUGUGGUUUCCCUUUGCCUGACUAGAGAAAAUAGCUGCUAUUUUUACUAAAAAUGUGGGACGUGGGGCCCUUCUCUUCCCCUGCACAAAUGGGGGCCGCUCACAAUGAGGGAACGGGGGAGUGGAGCUGGGGGUCGUCCCAGGUGAAAACCAGCAGGCUGCCCAACACAGACCUCUCCCGUGGAUUCUUCAAAUAUUUCUUGCCCACACCACGGGAAGAUUUAUUUGUAGGGUGAAAGGAAAAUGAACUGGAAGAGGGAUUUGGGAAUCUCACCUCACCUACAGAAAUCCCUCUUUUUCUUUUCAGGGAAGGGGUGGAAUUGAUCGGAUUCAUUCUGCUGUCACCCUUUCUUUUCUCCAGCUCUGCAUCACUGCUGUGUGGUAUUCUGAGGGCAUUCAUCACAGCAAAUUGAUACGGUGGCAUCAGUCAGCAAAUGAAAGCCGUCUGUGUGUGCGAGGAGCAGAAAUGUGAAGAGGAGGUGUUCCCUUUGGCCAUGAAUUACGUGGAUCGCUACCUGUCGUCCGUCCCCGUGCGGAAGAAUCACUUGCAGCUUCUGGGGGCAGUCUGCAUGCUGCUGGCUUCCAAGCUGCGGGAAACCAUGCCCCUUACUGUGGAGAAGCUCUGCAUCUACACAGACAACUCCAUCACGCCUCAGCAGCUCCUGGAUUGGGAGAUUCUGGUCUUGGAGAAGUUAAAGUGGGACCUUGUCUCAGUGAUAGCAAACGAUUUCUUGGCUCACAUCCUCCAUCACCUCCCGCUUCCUAAGGACAAGAUGGAGCUGGUGAAGAAGCACGCACAGACCUUCGUUGCCUUGUGUGCCACAGACUACACUUUUGCCAUGUACCCCCCCUCCAUGAUUGCGACGGGCAGCAUCAGUGCAGCAGUGCACGGCCUGAGCAUCUCUGUGAAUGGCUUUGGUGGGGAGGCAGUCACCGAGCUGCUGGCCGGCAUCACUGGCACAGAGGUGGACUGCCUGAAGGCUUGUCAGGAGCAGAUUGAGGCAGCCCUAGCCGAGAGCCUGAAGCAGGCAUCCCAAAGCCAACAGGAAUACAGCACUGCCAAGACUGCUGCUUACCCGGCCAGCCAGCCCACCAGCACCCCCACAGAUGUCACGGACAUCAACCUGUGACCGGCUGCCCCUGCCCGAGAGCUGCCCAUCCCACGACAGCAGGACCCGACCCAGGCACCCAGAGUUUGCGGCGUCCCCCCGGUCCAUCCGAGAGCCCCUCCACCUGAAGCCUGCUGUGGGGAUUCGCUCUUCCUGCUGGCUGUGUGAGGGCAGCUCCGUGCUCAUCCUUCUCCCCACCUCCAGCGCCAAGGGGGUGGCAGGGGGAAGGCGCCGGGGUCUCUGGUGACUCUGUGGUGCUCACUGCUGCUUGAACUCUGCUCGCUGGCUGCUGGGGGUGGUGGGGGCGAGGUGGCCCUUCCGGGGGGGCUGGGUUGCAGAAGAGCUGAGGAGGGGAACAGAAUCCAAAAGGAAAUGGUAAAACGUUUCUGUUUGCUUUCCUUGUCCCCUGGCUGGCAGACUGCUGUGCUCAGGUGUGUUUACUGCAAUGACUUCCAGCCCUGCAUGGGCCACCAACCGUGCACAGCCAGCUCUCAGUUGGCUUAAGUGACCAAAAUGUCCGUCAUCCCCUUGCUGAGCACUGUGCUCAUGGGUCCCUGGGUCUGGGCUGCUGUGUGUGGAUAGCUGUGGCUCCGGGGCGGUGUGGCUGCUUCUGCUUGGAGGGAUGUGUGUGCCUUGUUUCUUGUUGCCAUUAGGUCUGGGAUUUGCGGGUUCUUGGCUUUGCUUGGGAGAAGCGCUCCCUUUUUUGCAUGGACGCAGAGAAGUCCUCAUCCUGGGACUCCUGGGGAGAGCAGUGGGUGCAGCGCGAUGCUGCAGCGCAAACCCGUGCAAAGUGCCUUGGCUUUCUGCUGCCCCACCGAGGCUGCUUAAUUUAUUGUUAAGUGCUAUGGAAAGGGGGGGGGAGGAAGGCUGCUGCUCCAUGCGGUGGGGCCUGGAUGCCGGUCUUUUCUCCUUCCUAAAGUGCCUUUAUCCUUUGUCCCCUUCCUUUGCUCCCUGGGCAGUGGGAGGCUCUCACUUGAAAGCUGUUUGGCUGUAGGUAGCUCAGAAGUCAGGCUAGAUUUAAAGAAAAAAAAAUAUCACUUAAUGUGCUGCUAUAGUCUGAAAUGCAUUUUCACUCCUCCAAGCCAGGGAUCUCAGAUCGUGUCCGGGGGGCUGUUCUGCAUCAAUACCCGUAUGGCUCUGAGCUGUGUCCUCACAGGGUAGAAAACUCACUGCGCACUUGAGUUGAACAGAGAUUGCAUUUUGUUGUUGUUCUUGUUGAUCCUGUCUGUUAGUUUUACAAAAAAAAAAAAAAGUGUUGUUUUUUUUAAAGAGAAAAAACCAUUAUAUAAUGCUGCUUUUCUAAGAGAGAAUCAAUAAAUUGUAGACUUGUAUUAACCAGGAAUAGCCAGAGAGCCGCUGCGGGGCGGGAGGCAGUGCUGCUGGGGCUGCCCUCUGGACGCAGAGCUGCGGCUGCUGUCCUGGGGGGAAAUCUGCUCUGGGUGCCACCAGAAACAAAUUUUAUCAGGUGGAAAAAGCUGGGGCUGCUGUUCUCCCACCACCGAUGUGUCACGAGGAGCGUCUGUACAAACAAAUUUUUAUAUAUAUGUAUGUAUGAGUGAGUUUUAAUUUAAGAGUAAUCUGUUUUGGUGUUCACAUGCAAGAGUCCUGCUGCUGGGAGAGUCAAGUACCGUAUAAUGUUGCAAUAAAGUACUUUAAAUGAG